AUGAAUAAAGAUAAUAUAGAACAACAAAACAAUAAUGUAUCAAAACCAAGUAGGUCAAUAACACCUCAUUAUAAUACUAGUAAUAUAAGGAAUUCUAUAUAUAAUACAUCUAAUAAUGCUAUCAUGAAUUCUAACACUGAUCUUAAUAAUGAUCACUCUAAUAAAAAAUCUUUGGUACUUGCAACUUCAUUUUCACGAACAAAAAGAAAUGAACCUCACAAUAUUAUGUCUCCACAAUUAAAUAUGACCUCCCCAAUUAGUCCCUAUUCUACAGGCCUUCCUAAGACUAGCAUUACAAAAAGUCGACAAAAUUUGAAAUUAGAAAUAGAACAGUUAGAAAACGAAUUAUUUAAACUCCGAAGUAAGAAACAGGAUACAGAAAAAUUUAGAGACACUUCAGAGACGGCUAUAUUUAGUGCAACUUAUUCCACUGAACAUUUACAAAAACAUUCACAAAGAAUUCGUACUAAUACCCAAAUAAGAGAAAUCGAUAUGAACCUUAAGAAAUUAGAAAGACAAUUAGAAACCUUAAAAUCUCAAUACAAGGCUGUGAAAGAUAACUAUUCAUCACUUAAUUCAAUUAGUGAUCAUGAAGAUUCUUCUUCCGAAGAUCAUUUGGAAAAUACUAAUAACAAAUACGUAAAAUCAAUUAACAUAAACGAAACCAAUGCCAUUGAUACUAAUAACAGACCACAUAAUUUUUUUGAUAUUGGUAGUACUACUCUGCGUAAUAUAUCUUCAAGAAGUAGUUCAUUUGAUCCUGAUGAUUGUAAAUCUAUAGAAUCAAAAAAUAAUCAAGAAUCAAAUGUAUUCAUUAUUCCAAAAAUGGAAGCCUCAAAACAAUCUCUUCCUGAAGCGAGUUUAAUCAAAAAUAAAAAAAGCCCAAUAAAAGCCAUUACCAACACUCAUCCAGUAAAAGAUAAGAUGGAAACAGCAACUUUAGAAAGUGCUACUUGGUAUAUUAGUGAUUAUAUGGAAAGUUUACAAGAAAAUGAUAUCUCCAAGGAAUUUAUUCUAGAAAAAUCAAAUAAUCUAAUCAAAAUUUUGAAAGAUCACCCAGAAAUCAGAAAUGAUCUAGUACUAACAUCAUUUAUGAAGACAAUUAAGAAUCAUUUUCUUCGUGACGACUGUUUGAUAAGCGCUACUACAUAUAGAGUAUGUCGAUAUUUGAUUAAUGGACCUGAAUUCAUUAAAAUCUUAUUUAAUAUGAAUAUUGAGACCUUUCUAGAAAAGUCUCUUAUGAAGGACAAUAAGUUUCAAGUAGAGAAGGAGCAAGCACUAAAGUUAAUACAAAGAAUGUCAGAAUAUGAGAAUGGUAUAACUACAAAAAUUACACAGAUAUUAAUUAAUUGUAUUGAAAGGAAUAACGAUAUUUUAAAAGUUCUUUUUGUGGAAACAUUAUUAGAAUUUUGCAUUAAAUCUCCUAAGAUUGUCAACAAGUGCCAGGGCAUUCAUAUUCUAAGUAAGCUAUUACAAGAAUGUAGUUCUUUCGAACUUUCUUCAGUUAUAUUAGACACAAUUUUAAGUUUGAUGGAAUAUCCAGCAACAAGGAUAUAUUAUAUUGACGAUUUUGAUAUUACAGUACUUUCAUCUGUAUUUUCUGAUAUGAACACAAAAAAGACUUUAAAUAUCGAGAAAUUACAAUCUAUCACUAUAUUAAUAACCAAAGCAUUGAAAAAUUAUGCAGGAUUUAUGUUGUAUUGUAUGAACAACUUUAAACCCUUGAAGGAUUUGUUGAUAUUUUUUCAGGUACCUCUUUGUGCUCAUUAUUUAAUAGAUAUUUUUCUUGAUAUUUUAACGAUUAAACCAUUAUCCUUAAAAGGAAGAGCAAAAAAUGCAAUUUUUAAUGCUAAAACUUCAGAAAUUCUUAAAGGUUCUGUUCCAAGCAAUCAAGUGUUAGCUAUAACGUUGGAAGUACUGAGCAGAUGCAAAUUUGAAAAUUAUCUGAUUGAUUUAAUCAACUGCACUUUAGGAGAGGAUUCGCAUACUACAAUGUCAACAAAGGCACGAUUAUUACUAAGUGAAUAUCUAAAUUUGAGGUCCAACUUAUUAAAUGUUAGCUCCUUACCCAGUUUAAAAAAAACACAUAAUACGGAUGUGUCUAAAAAUCAAGAAAUCUUUCAAUUUUGCAAAACUGUUAACAAGUUAAACAGAGGGAGAAAUACAAUAGGUAUGGGUGAUAUAGACAGUAAAGAGCAAAUUAGACAGUAUACAAAGUCCGUUAAAACUAAUUCAUUAGUUACAAAUGUAGAUGACCUAAGGUUUAGAAAAAUGGUUUUGGACAGCAAAGUACUUCAGACUAAAGAUUUUUCUCAUUGGAAUUGGGAUGUAAUUCAAGAAUUACUUGAGGGACCACUGAUGAAUAAAAGACAAUUGGAAGAAUUGGCAAGAUCCACAAAAUUUAUUCGGAGAUUACUAGUAUUUUAUAGGCCUCUUAGAUUAAGAUUUUCUAACAUUGAUAAAGGAACACGAUUGGCACAAAAGUACAUUCAAGUAGGUUGUAAAUUUUUUAAAGUGUUAACAAGAAACCCUGAAGGGCUGAAAAUCUUUCUUGAAGAUACUAAGAUAGUUCCACAAUUAGCGUCAUUACUAUACCGUGCUAUGGAAGGAAAUACUAAUGAUAAUAUUUUUAGUGAGGAAACCUUAAAAACUAAGAUUGUAGAUGGUUAUUUUAAAUUCGUUGGUGUGUUAACCGAAACGUUAAGUGGGAUCAAGAUUUUAACAAAAUGGAAUUUUUUUACUGUGAUAUACAAGAUGUUUCAAGAGGAAUCUUUCAUUGGAAUGAAGUUUCUUUUAUUGACUCUUCCAGAACUAAAUCUUGUUUAUUCAGUGCAUUGUAGGGUUAUAUUUGGGAAAGCAUUAACUGCAACCAACAAGAAACUUAGAAUAAAGGCAACAAAAAUUAUAGGUGACAGAUUGAACAACUUAAAUAAGCAUGAUUAUAAUCUUUAUGAUUCAAACACAGUUACCAAACUUCAAAAAUUGAAAUUAGAACUAUUGACAAGACAACUAUACGAUUUAUCUUCUUCUGUGGUAGCUAUUGCUGACAAAGCUCUAUACGAAUAUAUUUUAAACGAUGAUGCAUCUAUUAAUACUAAAAUAUCUAUCAAGAAGUUCCUCAACCAAAUGGUAUUUAUAGGAUCGCCUAUAUUGUUCGAAUUAUUAAGUAAACCAUUGGGCUUUAAAAUGUUAGACGAAAUUGAUUUUGUGGAGAAAGAAAGAAAAUCAUGGCUUCUCACUAAGAAUAGAGAGUAUGUUAUUAUUAUGGAGCAGUUUUUAUCCAAUGGUCAGUCAUCACUUUCUAUAUUCAAUUCAACAAGAUACAAUGUUGGUGAUAAAUUGCCGUUGCAUUUCUAUGAGAGUCUUUCUAAGACAGAAGGCGGAAUAUCUUUAUUAACUCAGUCGGGUGACUUAUUAAAAUGUAUUAAUGUUAUAAAAAAAUAUGUGGAUACAUUAGAUGGUGGUAGACACAAAGAUAUCGAUCCAACCACAAUCAAGAGCAUGUUAUGGUGUUUAGGUUACAUUGGUUCAACUGUACUUGGUAUUUCGUUGUUGGACAAUUAUUCCAUUGUAACAGAUAUCGUUCGUAUCGCUUAUGAUUCUGACAUUACGAGUAUUAAGUUUACAGCAUUCUUUGUAUUGGGGUUAAUUAAUAAGACAUGUGAAGGUUAUGAAAUCUUGGAUGAAUUAGAUUGGAAUUGUACACUGAGUAUUAUGGGAAAACCUGUAGGAGUUUCAUUACCUUCCAAGUUGGAUAAAUUCUUAGCAUUUAAAGAAAAAGCAUGGACAAGCGAUGUGGCAUAUAAAGAAGAGACUUUUGAAUACAACUUAUCAACUAAUAAAUUGAUAUGUGAUAGCAACACUAAGAUCACAAAUUAUUGCCUUGAUGAAUUAUUAGAUAAUCAAUAUUAUUCUCAAAGAACUGUUAAAAAAAAGAAUUAA